AUGACUCUGGAACAGGGCAAGCUGGCCCAAGACAUAGAGCUACAACGGAACCAAGGAACAAUACACGAUAAAAAUAGCCAGGAGGAGACGAAUGCGGAGCUAGAUGCCGCGUGCCAGGAUGAACAUGCCAAUGACGGGGAUUAUCCCCACGGUAUGAAGCUUGCGGUGAUUGUCGGCUCUCUGGCCGCUUCGGUCUUCUUGGUGGCCCUGGACGAGACUAUCAUCACAACUGCAAUCCCGAAAAUCACUGAUGAUUUUCAUUCCAUAAAUGAUAUUGGGUGGUAUGGAUCUGCGUACUUUAUGACUUUUGCGGCCUUUCAACUUAUAUUCGGAAAACUAUUUUCGUUUUAUCCUAUCAAAUAUGUCUUCCUUGCCUCGGUUGCCAUCUUCGAAGUCGGCUCCCUGAUCUGUGCCACCUCUUCAACCUCUAAUGCCUUCAUUGUAGGCCGUGCCUUCGCAGGCUUAGGGAGUGCUGGCAUAAAUGCAGGAUUCAUCAUUAUCCUGGCAAGCAGUCUUCCACUGGCGAGGAGACCGAUAUUUGUCAGCUCGUACAGUGGCAUGUAUGGCAUCGCCUCCGUCGUAGCACCAUUAUUAGGUGGAGCGUUCACUACAAAAAUGACGUGGCGUUGGUGUUUUUAUAUAAAUUUGCCAAUUGGUGGAGCUGCUGUACUUGCGAUGGCAUUAUUCUUCCAUCCGCCAGCCGGUGCAAAGAAGCCAUCGACCACUUGGCAGCAAAAGCUUGGUCAGGUUGAUCUCUUUGGAACCGCUGUGUUGGUCCCAGGAAUCAUUUGCUUGCUUCUCGCUCUUCAGUGGGGUGGCUCGGUAUACAAAUGGAAUACCGCUCCACCAAUCACCUUACUAUCGGCAGCAGGAGUGGCUGGUCUAGCUUUUGUUAUAGUCCAGGUCUGGAAGCAGGAGAGCGCUACUGUGCCUCCUCGAAUUAUCAAGCAGCGCAGCGUGGCAUUCAGUGCCUUUUAUGUUUUCCAUGCAGGGGGAGCGCUCAACGUCAUCCAAUACUUCAUACCCAUUUGGUUUCAAGCUAUUCAAGGCGUUACAGCGUUUGACUCGGGCAGCCGCAUUCUGCCAACCACCCUCGGAACUGUGGUCUUCUCUCUCGUUGCUGGCAUCGGUGUUGCAAAAUUCGGAUAUUAUACACCUUUUAUGAUCCUAGGUGCUGUCUUUCUAGUGACUGGGGCCACCCUGAUAACGACAUGGCAAGUUUCAUCGCCCGCUACGCAAUGGAUAGGGUACCAGCUCGUAUUCAGCGCCGGCGCCGGCCUUGGUAUUCAACAAUCUCACACGGCUGCUCAAACAGUUCUCGCGUCUGUAGAUGUGCCGGUCGGGGCCGUUGUCAUGAUCUUUGCUCAAAUUCUUGGCGGCGCAAUGUGGCUAUCUGUAGCACAGACUGUGCUUACAAGCCAGUUACUUAAAGGCCUUGUUGAUGCUGUUCCAGGUAUAGAUCCCAAACUUGUGCUUGACAAGGGAGCAACAGGUUUCCGGGAAACGGUUAGGCCGGAAUACCUGGGUGAUGUGUUAAAGGUAUACAAUUUUGCCUUGACAAGAACAAUAUAUUGUGGAGUUGCUCUGGCUGCUGCAGCACUAAUUGCAUCGAUGGGAAUGGAGUGGAAAUCAAUAAAAAGGUAUCAAGCGGUGAGCUAA